CGGCAGGGCGCGAGCUGUCAAAACACGGGCUUUUAUUAUGAAGGGACUUUUACAGCGCAUAGGAUACAACACAGCUGAAGUGGAGAUUGAGUUGAUUCAAGGAUGGAGUCCAAUGGCAGACCCUCAACAACACAGAUCGCGAUGCUGGCUACUAGUUCAGCUCUGACUGCCAUUUUAUACACAAUAUACAAGAGGAAAUCAAACCAUGUUGUUAGACUGAGGGAAGCCAAAAAGAUUACCUUAAAUCCAGAUCUGAAAACAGUUCUCAGUGAAGCUCCUGGAAAGUGUGUUCCUUAUGCUGUUAUUGAAGGAGUGGUGCGGUCUGUCAAGGAGACCUUAAACAGCCAGUUCGUAGACAACUGCAAAGGCGUCAUCGAGAGGUUGACCUUGAAAGAGAAGAAGAUGGUGUGGAAUCGCACAACACAUCACUGGAAUGAUUGUGAGAAGGUCAUCCACCAACGCACUAACACCGUGCCCUUUGACCUCACCCCACACGGUGACACUGUUCCUGCGACCGUCCGUGUGGUCCGUCCUCUCGAUGCGGCCGAAUUGGAUCUGGAGACCACUUAUGAGAACUUCCACCCUUCCAAGCAGUCUCUGACCAACGUCAUCGGGCACUUCAUCAGCGGCGAGCGCCCGCAGGGCAUCGAGGAGACGGAGGAAAUGUUGCGUCUGGGUGCCAGCAUGACUGGUGUGGGGGAGCUGGUGCUAGAUAACAACCUGGUUCGUCUUCAACCUCCCAAGCAGGGCUGGCGUUAUUUCCUCAGCCGUCUGGACUACGAUGAGCUCCUGAACAAACAAGAGAGACCAUUAAGGCUCUGGAGGGUCUUGACGGCGCUGUUCGGAUUGGCCGCCUGUGCAACAUUAUUCUACAUGCUGUGGCGGCAGUACGUGCUGCGCAGGGAUCAAAAAAAAGAGCGCAGCCUGCUGGAUGAGUUCAGGAAGUGGAAGAACAGACGUUUACAGGAACUCAACCUGACCGAGGAAGAAAUCUCACCCAACACGUGCACCAUAUGUCUGAGUAAUGAACGAUCGUGCGUGUUUCUAGAGUGUGGUCAUGUGUGUACCUGUGAGCAGUGCUAUAGGGCCCUGCCCGAUCCUAAGAAAUGCCCCAUAUGUAGGGCUAGAAUAGACAGGAUUGUUCCUCUGUAUAAUAUCUAGGGGCCUUAUUAUAAACAUAGUGUGCGUGGAAUUGAGUAAAAGGGCAUUUUUUGUGUGCAGGCACUGUAUUUCCAUUUCACAAAAACUGAAUCUGAUAAUCCAGUGAGCACUAAAAACAAGUUGGUUUUCAUAUUUCAGUUGGUUAACUGUUGUUGUUGAAAACGUUUUUUUUUUUUCCUCUGUUAUUUUGUUAUGAUCAUCAUUUGUGCCAUUGUGAUCCCACAUUUAUUGCAUUUUGGCCUAUUUUAUGAAAAUCAAUAAAAAGGAAGCAAUUUUAUUUUGCAAAACGAAAUUAAACCUUCUUUGGGACCAGUUCCUCUUCAAUUCUAAGUACCAUUACGGCAUCCAAACAUUUUACUGUUGAGCUUUGUGUGUGUGGUUGUGUAACUGUCAUUUUCUCAAUGGUUUAUUACUGUUAUGCAAUACAUUUGUUUUAACUGUAUUACAGUAAAACUACAAAACAGAACAGUGCAAAAAUAUUAAUGGUGCUGCAUUAUCUAAGCUUCAUUAUUUUUCUGCAAAAUAUAUAGUAUGAAGAUAAAAAUUUGACAGGUUUUGUCAAAAUCAUCCCUAGGACAUAUUGAUUGUAUGUUUUUUAUCAACUGUAGGGGAAACUUUUUUAAACUACAUUUGCAUUCAGACGCUUUAUUCAGAAAUGGCAGGGAAGAUGGAACUGAAUAAUUGUUCUUUCGUUUUCAAUAUGUUAACUGUUGUGGUUUAAUAUUAUUGUACAAUCAACAUUACAGUGGCUUUAAAAAGAUUAAACAGCAUCAGAUG